CGCCUUGCCCCGCUGCUGGGGGGAGCCAACGUCAGCCCCAGCCCUCAGUCAGGUGCAGUUGCUCGCAGACCGCCCAGCGUCUCCCCUCCGUCCCUCUCUGCUCUGAGAGAACUUUCUACUGUAGCCGUUUGAAAACACUCCAAGCCAAGAUGCCUAAAACAAUCAACGUCCGGGUGACCACCAUGGACGCAGAGCUGGAGUUCUCCUUCAACCCAAACACCACGGGGAAGCAGCUCUUUGACCAGGUGGCCAGGACCAUCGGCCUGAGGGAGAUCUGGUAUUUCGGCCUGCAGUAUCUGGACAACAAAGGCUUCCAGUCCUGGCUGAAGUUUGACAAGAAGGUGACGGCCCAGGACGUGAGGAAGGAGUCCCCCCUGCUGUUCAAGUUCCGGGCCAAGUUCUACCCGGAGGAUGUGGCUGACGAGCUGAUCCAGGACGUGACCCAGAAGCUCUUCUUCCUGCAAGUGAAGGAUCUGAUCCUGGGCGACGAGAUCUACUGCCCCCCGGAGUCGGCCGUGCUGCUCGCCUCCUACGCCGUCCAGGCCAAGUUCGGAGACUACAACAAGCAUGUUCACGAGCGCGGCUACCUGUCCGGAGACCGGCUGCUGCCCAAGAGGGUUCUGGACCAACACAAGAUGUCCAAGGACCAGUGGGAGGAGCGGGUGCAGACCUGGCACAACGAGCACGGCUCCAUGGUCAAAGAGGACGCAGUGCUGGAGUACCUGAAGAUCACCCAGGACCUGGAGAUGUACGGCGUCAACUUCUUCGAGAUCAAGAACAGGAAGAGCACGGACCUGUGGCUGGGCGUGGACGCCCUGGGCCUCAACAUCUACGGCAAGGACGACAAGCUCACUCCUAAGAUCGGUUUCCCCUGGAGCGAAAUCCGCAACAUCUCCUUCAACGACAAGAAGUUCAUCAUCAAGCCCAUCGACAAGAAAGCGCCGGACUUUGUGUUCUACGCGCCGCGUCUGCGCGUGAACCGCUGCAUCCUGCAGCUGUGCAUGGGGAACCACGAGCUGUACAUGCGCCGCCGCAAGCCCGACACCAUCGAGGUGCAGCAGAUGAAGGCCCAGGCCAACGAGGAGAAGCUGCAGAAGAAGAUCGAGAGAGACAAUCUGGAGGGGGAGAAGAGGAAGCGGGCGGCCAUCGAGAAGGAGAAGGCGGAGAUGGAGAGGGAGAAGCGCGACCUGAUGAUCCGGCUGGCGCAGUACGAGGAGACCACGAAGAAGGCCGAGCGAGACCUCCAGGAGCAGCUGGAGCGGGGCCUGCGGCUGGAGGAGGAGCGGCGGAGGGUGGAGCAGGAGGCGGCGCGUCUGGAGACGGAGCGCAUGGAGGCCAUCAUCGCCAAGGAGGAGCUCCUCCGUCAGGCGGAGGACCAGAUGAACAGCCAGGAGCAGCUGUCCGCAGAGCUGGCGGAGUUCAGCGCUAAGAUCGCCAUCUUGGAGGAGGCCAAGCGGAACAAAGAGGAGGAGGCGGACUCCUGGCAGAACAAGGCGCGGGCGGUCGAGGAGGACCUCUGCAGGACCAAGGAGGAGCUGCACUCCGUGAUGACCUCCCCCCCCACCGUCCUGGCCCCCGUGGCCCUCGCCUGCCCCCCACCGGCCCCCGCCUCCCACCACUCCUCCUCCUCCUCCUCCUCCUCUUCCUCCUCGGGCAGCGAGAGCGACCACGAGGAGCACAACGAGGAGAACAGCAGCUACAGCGCCGAGCUGCCGCCGCAGGAGAACGCCGACCACCGGCGCGAGGAGGAGCGCCUCACCGAGGCCGACAAGAACGAGCGGCUGCAGAGACAGCUGCAGGCGCUCAGCUCAGAGCUGGCCCACGCCCGUGACGACACCAAGAAGACCAGCAAUGACCUCCUCCACUCGGAGAACCAGCGCGAGGGCCGGGACAAGUACAAGACGCUGCGGCAGAUCCGCAUGGGCAACACAAAGCAGAGGGUGGACGAGUUUGAGGCCUUGUAGAGACGCCACCCAGCCCCCUCUCUAAUGAAUCAUUCACCCCCACCCACACCCACACCCACCACCCACGCCCCCACCCAAACACCUGGGACCCUCAUCCCAGCGGAGAAAGGAGAAGGGGGGGUUGAAGCGGGCGUGAGGUUCUGGCCCGAGGGCACUGCGGUAGAUGUAUUUGGUUAAAUUUGCAUGACCUUUUUUGAAGAUUAAGGAAAUAUUGACUUAGAAGAUUAAAAAAGGUUUUUGUUGUUUCAAGAUAUGUCAUUUCUCUUUGUUCCUUCGCCACUAUAGAAAUAAAACCAAUUCGUGUAUGUCUUCUCUUUUUUUAUCCAAAGUCAAGUUGGAUAAUGUUUAAUGAACUCUUUGGUCUGAACUUAAUGAACGAUGUCUGCUGCGUAAUGCGUGCGCCCUGAGGCAAUAGAUUAGCACUGGGAAAUGUCGUUUUACUGCGACCCCGACUGCCUUAAAAAUGUGCUUUUAAUGAUACGGGGAAACGCUGCCAACAAUCGUCCACCCUGGCUCGCUCGCUCCCGCCGCUCAUCACUCUGUGUGUUUGCCUGCAUUGAUUGAAUAAAUAGUGACGUUUA